AUGCCCGCACUCGUUCCCUCGCUGCUCCUCCCAAUCCCAGCCUUGAUCCUACCCGCGCCACCUCGCUGCCACCCCCGCCGCCGCUGCUUCGCGCCCGCCCCGCUCGCCGCGUCGUCCACCUCCUCCUCGUCCCCGCACUCUUCCAGGCAGCCAUACUACCGCCGCCGCCGCCACGAGGCCCCGAGCCAGACACCGACGCCUGCGCCACGCCCGUCCUCCCAGCCGCAGCCGCCGCCGCGCGACGCAAAUGCCGCCGCGCCCCGCGCUCGGGGCCAGGAGGAGCUGGAGGCGGCGAUCUACGACUUCAUGUGCCGCUCCGCCAAGCCAGGAGCCUUCCCCACCCGCGAGGAGCUCGUCGCGGCGGGCCGCUCCGACCUCGCGGCCGCCGUCGCGUCCAGCGGGGGCUGGCUCUCCCUCGGCUGGUCCUCCACCGCCGCGGAGGGCCCCGCCACGACGGCUGCGCCGCGCUCGUCGGGCGGGGGCAACCCUGACUACCCGCCCGAGACGGGCGUGUAUUACCGUGGUGACCUAGUGCCGGGCUCGGUGGAUGACUCCGAGUGGUGGGUGACUGGGAUUGCUCUCUGCUCUGCUGUGCCCUUCUAUGUCCUCGCGCGAUGCCUCGCUGAAUUUCGCUGUCUGCGUUGCAGGGAGGAGGAGGAGGAGGACGACGACGAAGAGAGGAGGCGUCAUCAUCUGGGCGGGAGCAGGAAACAGAGGAGACCAGUUAUUCACGGCUGUUGCAGCGAGAUCAGGUUCAAAGCAGGAAUCGAGGGGAUGCUCAGCAGGCUGCAGAAGGAUAGGGAGCGAGCGCGGCCACCUCCACGGAGUAGUACCCACGACACACAGGGCCAAAGUGACGAUGAUGCUGGCAACAGUGGCGCCCCUAGUCAUACAGCGGCUGGUGGCAGGCAUAUUCCAAGGGUACCUGAGAACGGAAGUGUCCAUGGAUCUCAUUCUCAAAAUGGAACAAUAGAGGAAAACAGCACCUUACAGAGUUUGAGCAAUGAUGCAUGGAAAACAUGGACCCUUGACAAGGGUGGUUUAUCUCAUUUUGAAGCUGCUGAGGUCCUACCUACUGAAAGAAGAAAAUUAUCCCAACACGAUGACAUUGCAUCUGUGCAAAAUGACAUUCAAAUGUCAUCGAAUGGUGUGGCUGCAAGUGAUUAUCCUAGUGAUGGUGUUAGCACAGAAAGAGAUGAGAUACAUUCACGUCUUCAAACUCUGGAAUUGGACCUUUCUGCUGCUCUCAAGACAUUAAGAUCAAGAUUUGAUAAAGUUUUAUCAGAUAUGUCAAAUAGUAAUGGAGCAACUGUGCUGGAUGACAUCUCUGAUGAUUGGGAAUUUGAGGAGACAAAGGUAAUGCAGGCUCAGGAGGAGCUAAGAUCAAUCCGGGCUAAAAUAGCUGUGUUAGAAGGGAAGAUGGCACUUGAGAUAUUUGAAAGCAACAAAAUAAUUGAAGAUAAACAAAUGAGGCUUGAUGAAGUUGAGAAGGCACUGAGUGAGCUCCGUACUGUUUGUAUUAUGUGGGCCAACCCUGCUUCAGAUGUUUUAGUGGUUGGAUCCUUUGAUGGCUGGACAAGUCAAAGAAAGAUGGAAAGAUCAGAAAACGGCAUGUUUUCCUUAAAUCUGAGACUGUACCCUGGUAGAUAUGAGAUAGGUGUGUACAACAUAAACAGUGGGGUGUUUGAAAUGCGUCACCCUGUUGAGAUAGGAGAAGAAAGAUGCAACUACCAGCUAGGAAUCGCCGGAAAGGUUUUGUUUGCGGUGGGAAGGGUAUUUCUUCCAGCCAAGGUUCGGCAUGAAGACCAACCGAAAAGUGAACUUUGA